AUGAGAGCAAAUAAUAGAACUAAGACAUUAGUUCUAGACACAAAAGACUCGAAAUGCAUAACUGACUUAAAAGAAAAACGAAGGAGUCAAAGGACUUAUACAAUUACAAAUACAGGAGAGGGUAAUAAGCUUAAUGAAGUGAUAGAGGAAUGAGAAGUCAUAAAAACUCAACUUAGGGAAAGGUCAGUAGAGCCAGAGCUAAAAAGAAAUGAAUGUAUGGCCCCUGAAAUAUUUUAGAUCAUUAUUGACUAUCAUUUUAAUUUUCAAGAUUAAUUUUUACCUGGCAGCUUUUUUAAAAUUAAAAACGAAAAUGACAAAUCAUAGUUUAUGGUUUUAAGAUGCCUAAUUAGACUAGACUGUAUAAGGCAGGUGCCCUGAACCUUAUUUUUUUCUGGUCAGUAUUCUCCUAGAGUAUAGUCUAUAAAGGUUCAUGAGCUAUAUGUCCCCUAAUAUGAGUACAGGUAGUUUUAUUGAUAUUAUUAAGCAUUCAAGUGAAAAAUCACCUAAAAGCAGCCAUGGAAGCAAAUACACUUGCACAGGAAAAAUCCUGUUUGGAAGAAAGAAGCCUCCGACCCAUAGCCAAAUGCUUGUAAGUCAUGAUGAAGAAUUGCUGAUGAAACUUCUGCAUUUUAAGGACGAAAUGCUAAAUAAAACUCCCAAAAAAAUAAUUAAAGUCACAAACGUCAUGACACCACGGAACAAACCGAAAAUGAAGCAAAGCGCCAGUAGCUUAAAUUUAAAAGAAACUUCCUGCUCUCCUCCCAAAACGAAGCUAAAGAAAGAAAAGUCUUUCUUAUUGAAGACCAUGAAGAUUUAG